AUGGAUACAGCUUAUGCCCAUAUCCAUUUCUUGAACUUCUUCAUCUACGAAGGCAGUGUUGGUCUUUCAAACAAUGAUAAAAGCAGUGUGAGUUUUUGGAACAGUUACCAACAGGAAAUUUAUGGUCGACAGACACAGAGACAGGCUCUGACGCAAACACUGGUGUUCUUCAGUUAUAGAUGGAAACUGAUUUCCAGAGUACACGAAGAAGGGUUCGAUGAGUCUGAAUUAGUUGAUAAAGUAAAACUAGGACUGCAUGCAAAUGUUUCCGAGAGAAAACACAGAUUUAUUACCAGAAAUGAAACUAUACGGACUUUUACGCCUAAAGAAAAAACAGUGAUAUACAGACAGUAUGGUCCUGGUGCAAACGGGACUGGUGUCAACACAUACGGCCUGAACUUAUCACUUCCCGGUUUAGAAGAGAGGAAUAAAUUCCACGGUUUCAAUACAUUUAUAAGCGAUAUGAUAGGUCUACACCGAAAAUUACCGGACAUGCGACCGUCUGAGUGUAAACAUAAGGUAUAUCCGGACAAUUUACCGCCGAUUACUGUUGUCAUCAUAUUUCGAGACGAGUGGUAUAGUAUUUUACUUAGAACGGUGUACAGUGUGUUAGAAACUUCUCCUCCUCAUCUUAUUUACGAAAUAAUUCUUGUCGAUGAUGGAUCGACGAACGAUGAUUUGAUAAGUUGUAUCAAAAUGCACGUGCAAAAUGUGGACAAGCUAACACUCGUCCAAAACGAGAGACCUCUUGGGUUGAUGAUGGCAAGACAGACCGGUAUAAAUGCCGUCAGGUCGGAAUUGUUUGCCGUCAUGGAUGGUCAUAUGGAGGUGGGACCGGGUUGGCUGGAACCUUUGAUUUACAGACUAGUCCAAAACCCUAAAGCACUCCUUUGCUCUCAUGUUGGUUGGGUGAAUGAAGAAAAUUUUGAAUUUGUGAUAGAUAACAAUCGACCAGAAGAGAAAAAUUUUGACACUUUCUUCCCAUUCUUUGAUCACGUAAAUUUAGAUCAAAUGUUUGCUGAAUAUAGUCCAGCAUUUAAAGAAAAACGGAAUCAUAGCGUGGAACCGAUCCCUUUUGGCACCUUGCAAGGAAUGAUGAUGGUUAUGAGGAAGGAUUUCUUCAUGCAAUUGGGUGGGUUCGAUCCUGGCAUGCGGGUUUGGGGAAGCGAGCAAAUGGAAAUUUCAGUAAAGGUGUGGCUAUGUGGAGGAGUUGUAGAGAUGGUGCCAUGUUCUAAAGUGGCUCAUAUGUUUAGAAUAACUCCAUGGGGUGAGGAUGACCCCGCUAACGACUACCAUUCCUUAAACAAGGCACGUAUGGUAGAGGUCUGGAUGGAUCCCCCAUACAGUGAUACAAUCAGACAUUAUCUUAGCGACAAGAAUUAUACCAUCGAAAACCUACAAGAGAGACGCGUAAUCCGUACCAGAAAUCGAUGUAAACCGUACCAGUAUUUCAUAGACAUAGUAAAGUCAAUAUCCAACGUGUACAUUCCAAAGAAAAUCGAGUACAGGGGUAGAAUUCAAAAUCAACAUAAUAAAAGAUGUAUAGAUCUUGCUAAAACUGAUGACCAGCUUAAUAUUAUUUUGUAUCCGUGCCAUAAAAUGGUAACAUUCAACCAAUACUUUAUUUUAACGGAGAAAAAUCAGAUACGGUGUAUAGAAGGUAAUUUGUUCAAUGUCGAAAAAUGUGGUGAUGAAGUCAUGCUAAAACUGAGAUGGUCUCCGUCUGAGUAUAGUAAAUCGGAUGCAGAAUGGGAUUAUAGUGAAAAUAGGCUGAAACACGUGUCAACCGGACUAUGUAUCACGGCAUUUACACUUGAUAAGCUCGGACUGAGGGUAUGCACGGGCUCGAUGGACCAGAUUUGGAAAUGGGACAAAGUAAAAUGA